CGGUAAGGAAGUCGUCCGACCAAAACAAAUGUUAGCUCGUUGUUGAAAUAUUUUGCAACUUUCAAUGAGUUCCAACUUAUUUGAAUCCUAGAAGUUUCGCAAUACUUAUCACCAACCCGUGUAUUCAUGGAAAUGCCAGAACCGGGCCCAGCAGAUGGAGAGGAGCGUCUGGUGGAGCUGCGACCUCGUACACGCUCCAACCCUGAAGGGGCCGAGGACCGUCGCAGCAGCACGGGCAGCCUUGGAGGAAACAGUAACCCUAACAUACCUCAGCCCGCUGUAGGAAGUCGUGUUGAGGGGGAGGGCGAGGCUUCAGCCAGCGACAGUCCUCCGAGUUCCACCACUACAACCGUCUUAGCAGCUGCAGCUCAGACUGGAACUCCUGCAGCAGCCGCAGCAGUGGCUGCAGCCAGUGCCACAGUGCCACUAUCCACUGCAGCAAAAGAGAGGCCAAAAACCACACAGCAGCAACCCACAUUAACAGCCUCCAUCCCACCACCAGCAGAGUACCAGCUCAGAGUUCCCAGAGUCAACUGUCCAGAGAAAGUGAUCAUCUGCUUGGACCUGUCUGAAGAGAUGUCUUUGCCAAAGUUGGAGUCUUUUAAUGGGACUAAAACAAAUGCCCUGAACAUUUGCCAGAAGAUGAUUGAAAUGUUUGUCAGAACUAAACACAAAAUUGACAAACGGCAUGAGUUUGCCCUGGUAGUAGUCAAUGAUGACGCUCUGUGGUUGUCAGGCUUCACCUCUGACCCCAGAGAGCUGUGUAGCUGUCUGUAUGACCUUGAGACCAAUGUGUGCGAGUCCUUCAUAGACCUGGAAGAUCUUCUUAAUGUCAUUCGUCAGAAGAUCGAGCUGCCGCUGAUGGAGAAUGUCCAGACCGUCCCUCCUCCAUAUGUGGUGCGGACUGUGCUCAUCUACAGCCGUCAUGCGGGACAGCUUCAGUUCAACCCCUCUGAGGCUGUUAGUAAAAUGCUGCAGUCUCCAUAUUUUUUCUUUGAUGUGGUCUACCUACACAACGGGGUGGAGGAACAGGGGGAUGAGACCAGCUGGAGGGAGAACUACACCUCUUUCUGCAACCUGGACACAAAGGGCAUGUGCUAUCGCUUUGAGGUUUCCCUGAGUGGACCCGCCAUCGAACUGCACAACUGCAUGGCCAAACUUCUGGCUCACCCUUUACAAAGACCUUUCCAGAGCCAUGCGUCAUACAGCCUGCUGGAGGGGGAAGACCCCCAGGACAUUGAGGCAACGGUCUAAAAUGGCAGGCACUUAUAAAGCCCUGUUUCUCUGUGAAGUUCACACACUGUAGUAAGAAAAGAGCAGGGCACAAGUACAUCUUAUUACUGAGGGGUUUUUUUCAAUUAACAACUGUAGAGCAAUAAUUUAAGAAUAUUUUGGAAAACCAAGCAUACUUCUAAAGGAAGACGAGGGUCUUCACCAGAUUGCUAUUAACUCAGUCAUUGUGUUUCCAUAAAACAUUGGACAAGUCAUUGAUUGUUCUAAGUUGGGGAAGUAAUAAAAUUAUCUGGUUGUUAGCUCUAAAACUGCUGGAGGUCUACUGAGAAUGAGAUGAUGAAGUGGAGGUCAGAGAGUCCAGGAGCAGGGCACUAGUUGAAGGAGAAGAUAAAGAAAGAAUAAAAAAGGAAUAUGUCGUGGUUAAAGCAUUGUCUAUUGGCUAUGUUAAAUUAACUCCCUUAACUUUUGUUUUUUCUUCAAAAUCUUACACCACACUUACCCGGGGCAACUUUUUGAGCAAUGUUGCUGGGCAAGUCUGACUAUGUUUUGAACGGAUGGAGUGAGCGGGGAUGGAGGGGGUGUGAUUACAGUAAUAAUUUUUACUCAUUACCAUUGACGCCAACAUGGCACAACAACAUUGCUCUAAAACUAGCUCCGUAUAUCAUCAGCUUAAGUCUUAAAGGAUGAAAUCAGUGCAUACCUGUGACAGUUUUCUGUAACUGGCCUUUUGAGUGAUGAACUGUAAUAUAAUUUACUGUAUCAUGGAGAGGUCACAACUUAUGUAACUUUGGCUUUCCUUUUAGUUGGUAAUUUCCACCAUUUGUUGCCUGUUUUAAUGUAUAUGUUCUAUUUUUUUUUCAAUGGUUUGUACAGAAAUGUAGAUGUGGCUCCUCUUUUGACAAUGAUCUCCAAGACAUUGAUGGAUUCAUUGUACAAAAGGGCCCUCGUACUGCCAGUCUAACUGCACUUGAAACACAUUGUACAGUUCUUUUUAUUUUGUUUUUUUUGAAGGCGUUUCUGGAUAUUAAAAAAAAGGCACAUUUAAUCAUAUUUUGUUUUUUCUACCUUUUGGUCAGGAGAUGGCAGCAAAUUCUCUCUAGAGGUAACUGAAUUAAAAGGCCUUGACAAAAAGGUUCUCUGGUCCAUGAUGGUAGAGAAUAGGCCAGUGUUUUUCUACAUCCUAUUGCAAAAGUGUCUGUUUAGUUUUUCUGCUUAAAGGUCCAGACAUAUUCGCUGUCAAGCUUCAUAAUUCGCGUCACUCAAUUCUGAAUCUAUGCCUAUAUGACAGCCUGAGUAAGCAGUUCUUGCAGCUUCCACUGAAACCGUAUCUGUUAUCUGCUUUUGGUCUGAAGAUUACUUCAGUAGUAAAGAUAUGUCUUUCUUUCACACUAAA